AUGAGCCAAGAGCAGCAGAGGAGGGCUCGGGAGGAUGAGUACGGCGACCUGUUUGAUGUUGGCAGUGAGCUCGCAGAGAAGCCGGUCAAGCCUAGAGAUGCGGCGAUGAUGCAGACAGCAAAGAAUGAGAUGUUUGGCCAGAUCCAGAGGGGCCGCGCGGCCACCACCAUGCAGUCGGGGGCGGCACGCAACGAGAGAGCCGGGCUCGUGGGCCACGACAACAUGCCCGAAGUCACCAGCGAAGAUGGAGUGACCAUCACCGAGACCAAUCUUCCCGGUCGACGCGGGAAAACUGAGUCUGUUGGUGGACAGGUUGUUAAUCAAUACAGCCUACGUUCUCCCAUCCCGACAAUGACACCAUCCUCGAUUUAUCAGACUGACAAUAGUAAGUACGGCGAUGGUUCAAUCACCAUCGGGGAGGCGCUCGAGGCCGCCGCUCUAACGGCCGGGCAGAAGCCCGUAGAAUGGAGUGACGCUGCUGCGAUCCAGGCGGCAGAAGUCAGAGCGACGGGCCGCAGCUCCAUAGUUCCCGGCGGAGUAGCCGCUGCCGCUCAGUCGGCCGCAAAUCUUAACGCUAGGACUCUUAGAGAUGAGGACAAGACCACAUUGGCCGACAUUCUGGGGGAGGCAACUUCUAAGUUGCCAUCAGAUAAACCGGCGUCACGUCGAGAUGCAGAGGGAGUGGCCGGUGCCGAGAUGAGGAACGACCCGAAUUUGAAUACUCAUCCCGCAGGCAUUGCAGCCUCAGUGGCGGCAGCAGCGAGGCUCAAUCAGAGGAAGUGA